GCUCCGUUCACUGCAGGCUAAAAUGUUUAAAGUUUUAUAAAUAAUCCCGUUUUCAUCCGGGUAUUUACCCUAAACGGACGGUAAAAAUUAAGUUCAGAUUCGUCUGGAGUGAAACAGAGACAUGUGUCAGUAUUUGGACUUUUACAGGAACUGCUGGUCAUAAAGUGAAGUAACGGUAGAUUGUGGCCAGAGGCAGCAUCGUCUUUCCUGGCUGCUUUUUUCCAGGGAUCGGGUCGGUCCAUCCGGUGAGAGACUCGGGAACCGGUUACCGGGUCAAAAACGAAAUAACUAACCCACUCAGAGAGGUUGGAGGGAGAAUGAAGAGCAUCCUUCCUCUGCAGGACAUCUCACCGUGUUAACCAGAACCAGAACCGGACCAGAACCAGAGGAGACAGCCCAGCCAUGGAGGAGGAUGAGGAGGAGAAGAUGAGCAGCAUGGAGGACCUGCUGGACCUGGUUCUGCAGAAAGACCUGGGCCGGCGGCUGCAGGUGGGGCCGGAGAUCACCGAGCUGGUGCUCCACCCGGACCGCUGUCCUGGGCUGGACCAGGACCAGAACCUUCUGGACAGGAUGGUGGACGCCCUGGCCAGCUCCUGGGUCAACUCCAGCAACUACAAGGUGGUUCUGCUGGGGAUGGAGGUUCUGUCGGCUCUGGUGGACCGGCUGCAGGAGAGGUUCAGGACUCAGGUGGGAACAGUCCUGCCCAGCCUGAUGGACCGGCUGGGUGACUCUAAGGACCAGGUGCGGGAGCAGGACCAGGCGCUGCUGCUGAAGGUCAUGGACCAGUCGGCCAACCCUCAGUAUGUCUGGGAGCGCAUGAUGGGAGGAUUCAAGCACAAGAACACUCGGACCAGAGAGGGGCUCUGCCUCUGCCUCAUCUCCACUCUCAACGUGUUUGGCUCUCAGAGUUUGACGCUGAAUAAAAUUGUUCCUCACAUCUGCAACCUGCUGGGAGACCCGACCAGUCAGGUCCGUGAUGCAGCCAUGUCCUGUCUGGUGGAGAUCUACCGCCAUGUUGGAGAGCGAGUGAGAAUCGACCUGGGGAAGAAAGGGCUGCCUCAGUCACGGCUCAACAUGAUCUUCAGUAAGUUCGAUGAGGUCCAGAGGUCGGGGAGCAUGGUGCUGUCUCCUCUGUCAGAUAAAACCUUUGAGGACGAUGAGUCCGUGGACGGCGGACGUUCCUCGUCCAAAGCAGCCUCUGUGUCUGGGAGGAAGGCGGUGAGCAUGGGCUCAUUCCGGCGGCCGUCCUCGGCCUCCAGCAGCAAGUCUGCAGGGCGGGACGGAUCGAGUGCAGGAGCUGUGGACGAGGAGGAUUUCAUCCAGGCCUUUGAGGACGUUCCCACAGUUCAGAUCUACUCCAACCGGGAGGUGGAGGAGGCCAUGACCAAGAUCCGGGACGUGCUGUCGGAUGAUAAGAAGGACUGGGAGCUGAGAGUGGCCGCUCUGAAGAAGCUUCGCUCACUGCUUCUGGCCGGAGCGCCGGAGUUCGACUGCUUCCUGCAGCAGCUGCGGCUCCUGGAGGCGUCCUUCAAGCUGUCCGCCAAAGACCUGCGGUCUCAGGUGGUCCGGGAGGCCUGCAUCACGCUGGGCCACCUGUCGGCGGUGCUGGGCAGCCGCUUCGACCACGCGGCCGAGGCCAUCCUGCCGCCCCUCCUCAACCUGGUGCCCAACAGUGCCAAAGUCAUGGCCACGUCGGGCGUGGCUGCCAUCCACCUCAUCCUCAGACACACUCACUGUCCUCGCCUCGUCCCCAUCAUCAGCAGCAGCUGCUCCUCCAAGUCUGUGGCUGUCAGAAGACGCUGCUUUGAGUUUGUGGACCUGAUGCUGCAGGAGUGGCAGACCAGCAGCCUGGACAGACAUGGAGGGUUGCUAAUGGAGACGAUAAAGAAGGGGAUCCAUGAUGCUGAUGCUGAAGCUCGAUCUGUGGCCAGGAAGUGCUACUGGAGCUACCAGGGUCACUUCAGCCGGGAGGCGGAGCUUCUGUUCCAGGGCCUGGAGUCGGCCUAUCAGAGAGCUCUGCAGGCCCAUCUGCGGAGCGGAGACGCCCUGGUGUCGCUGCCGGCCUCUGACCGCUCCUCGUCCUCGUCUCAGGAGAGCCUGAACCGGCCGCUGGCGAUGAAGAGCUCAGCAGGAAGCAGCAGCAGAGGUCAGCACCAAGCUGGCGCCCCCCGCAGGCCUGGAGCCGCCUCGUCUCCAGGCGCUCUGCAGCGUUCCCGUAGCGACGUCGACGUCAACGCCAGUGCCAGCGCCCGCAGCAGGAUGCCCGCCGUCAGCGCUGCCGCGCCGCCGUCUCCCUUCAGCGCCGCUGCCGCUCUUCCUCCAGGAUCCUACGCUUCGCUCGGGCGAGUCCGGACCAGGAGGACGAGUGCCGGAGCCGGUCCCACGGCGACGGACGGCCGGAGCCGAGGGAAGGUCGUCUCUCAGUCCCAGCCCGGCAGCCGCUCCGGUUCUCCGGGCCGCCUGCUCAGCUCCACAUACGGCCGGAUCCCGAGGCCCGCCGCAGGCAGCAACGGCGCCCCCUGUAGCGUGAGCGACAAGACGCGACCCCGAGGUCACCGCAGCCAGGGCUGCAGCCGAGAGACCAGUCCGUCCAGAACUGCAGCCGCCCGGAGUCGGAUCCCUCGGCCCAGCAUGAGUCAGGGCUGCAGCCGGGAAACCAGUCGCGAGAGCAGCCGCGACACCAGCCCCGCCAGGGGCUUUUCCCCGCUGGCCAGCCGGCCUCAUUCCCAUUCCACCAGCGCCCUGUCCUCUGCAGAGGGCUGCUCAGACCGGCUGGCCCAUCAGGCACGGAUCUCGGCCUCCGUCAACGCCAUGCGGGUCCUGAACACGGGCACCGAAGUGGAGGCGGCCGUGGCCGACGCUCUGCUGUUGGGAGACUCCAGGAGUAGUAAGCGGCGGCCCGUCCGGCGGCGCUUCGAGUCGCCCGGUAUCUACUCAGACGACGACGCCAACAGCGACGCCUCCAGCGCCUGCUCCGAACGCUCCUUCAGCUCCAGGAACGGCGGCGCCGGGCCCCACUUCCUGCGGCAGACGGAGGACGUGGCGGAGGUCCUGAACCACUGCGCCAGCUCCAACUGGUCAGAGAGGAAGGAGGGCCUGCUGGGCCUGCAGAACCUGCUGAAGGGCCAGAGGAUGCUCAGCCGUGUGGAGCUGAAGCGACUCUGUGAGAUCUUCACCAGGAUGUUUGCAGAUCCUCACAGCAAGAGAGUGUUCAGCAUGUUCCUGGAGACGCUGGUGGACUUCAUCGUCCUGCACCGGGAUGACCUGCAGGACUGGCUCUUCGUCCUGCUCACUCAGCUGCUGAAGAAGAUGGGCGCCGACCUGCUGGGCUCAGUCCAGGCCAAGGUCCAGAAGGCUCUGGACGUCACCAGGGAGUCGUUCCCGUUGGAGCUGCAGUUCAACAUCCUGAUGAGGUUCAUCGUGGAUCAGACCCAGACGCCCAACCUGAAGGUCAAGGUGGCCAUCCUGCGCUACAUCGAGGCUCUGGCCCGGCAGAUGGACCCGGCCGACUUCGUCAACUCCAGCGAGACGCGGCUGGCCGUCUCACGCAUCAUCACCUGGACCACCGAGCCCAAAAGCGCCGACGUCCGCAAGACGCUCCACACCUGGGCAGGUGAGGAUCGAAGCUCCACAGCCUCUCUGCCCCGGGAGGGGCAUCUGGAGGAGAGGUGCAAGCAGGCGGCCCAGGUGGUUCUGAUCGCCCUGUUUGAGCUCAACACCCCAGAGUUCACCAUGCUGCUGGGAGCGCUGCCCAAAACCUUCCAGGACGGAACCACCAAGCUGCUGCACAGCCACCUGAGGAGCGCCAGUGCCGGCAUCACCAUGGCAGCUCCAGGUGACUCGGCCGGCCGGACGCCUCCUCGCCCCCCCGGCAGCCGCAGCAGCCCACUGACCUCGCCCACCAACCACGGCGGCCUCUCCCCCAGUCGGCUGUGGGGCUGGAGCGCCGACGGCCUCUCCAAAUACCCCCCUCUUCCUCCCUUCCCCUCCCCUCUCCCUCCCUCUGCCUCCCUCAAGGCCUUACGGCGAGCGUACUCUCCCAGCAUGCUGGAGUACGACAGUGAGAACCUGAACACUGAGGAUCUGUACUGCUCCCUGCGCGGCGUCUCUGAGGCCAUCCAGAACUUCAGCUUCCGCAGCCAGGAGGAGCUGGUGGAGCCGCUGCGGCGGGACGGGAAGCGGGAUGGAACGGCCGGCGUGGUGACGGUGUCGUCAGACCCAGAGCGCCGGUUCUGUGGCGACGUGACGGAGGGUGGCCGGACGGCUCUGGACAACAAGACGUCUCUGCUGAACACGCCUUCGCCUCGCUCGUUUUCUGGGCCGCGCUUCAGGGAGUACAACCCCUACAACUACACAGACGGCCCGCCGGAGAAGCCCGUCCCGGAGGACGGCGCCGAGCCGCAGAGAGACGGCCGGCGGCAGGAGUGCGGAGAAAACAAGACACAGAACACUAAAAGCUUUCCAGCCGGGUCAGCGGAGCAGCUGGAGCUGGUGGGGGAGCUGCUGAAGGAGCUGUCCCAGGCCGGGGACCAGGAGGACAGGCGGGGGACGCUGCUGGAGCUGCUGAAGGUGGCCCGAGAGGACAGCCUGCUGGUGUGGGACGAACACUUCAAGACCAUGCUGCUGCUGCUGCUGGAGACACUGGGGGACAAAGACCACUCGGUCCGGGCGCUGGCUCUCCGGGUUCUGAAGGAGAUCCUACGGAACCAGCCGGCCCGGUUCAAGAACUACGCUGAGCUGACCAUCAUGAAGACGCUGGAGGCUCACAAGGAUUCUCACAAAGAGGUGGUGCGUGCGGCCGAAGAGGCGGCCUCCGCCCUGGCCGGCUCCAUCCACCCGGAGCAGUGCAUCAAGGUGCUGUGCCCCAUCGUCCAGACCACUGACUACCCCGUCAACCUGGCUGCCAUCAAGAUGCAGACUCGCGCGGUGGAGCGCGUCUGCAGGGAGCCGCUGCUGCAGCUGCUGCCGGACGUCAUCCCUGGCCUGCUGCAGGGCUACGACAACACGGAGAGCAGCGUCCGCAAGGCCAGCGUCUUCUGCCUGGUGGCCGUCUACGCCGUCAUCGGAGAGGAGCUGAAGCCCUACCUGUCCCAGCUGACCGGCAGCAAGAUGAAGCUGCUGAAUCUCUACAUCAAGAGAGCUCAGACCUCCACCAGCAACAGCAGCAGCUCCUCCGACAUCUCCUCCUACUGAACCCUGAGGAGCUCCACCUCCAUCAGCCUCCAGCCUUAGUAAGAGGAGGAGCUUUAAGGAUGAAUGUAGAGAUCUUCACUGCUGAUCAUCUGGCUGGCCAAUGACAGGAGAAACCUGCAGGAUGUCACUUCCUGUGGGACUUUUAUCACUUCCUUCUUAAAGCCUCACCUGUCCUUGUUCUGUUGACCAAAACCACAUCUCUGACUUCCUGCUGCAGGGUUUAGGUUUUAGAUCAGAAUUUGUCGUCGUAUUUUAACGGUUAACGUGUCGGCAAGGGUUAUAGACCGUUAAGACUUUAAAUUAGUGGGAGGAGCUAAUCAGAACUGAUUUUAAUUCAGUGGGCGGAGCCAAUCAGAACUGGUUUUAAAGUGGUGGGUGGAGCCAAUCAGAACUGGUUCUAAUUCAGUGGGUGAAGCCAAUCAGAGCAGGAGGUGGAGUCUCUAUGGCAACCAGAGAUGUUCCAGUUGUGACCACGUUGGAUCCUGAAAUGCUUCAGUUUUGUUUUUUUUAGUGCAAAUUUACCAAUUAAUUAAUGAUUAAUGAUUCCACGCCUGUAAAUAUUGUGUUUCCAUGGAGACGUAGCUGAUGGCUGAUCCACAGUUGUUCAACUAUGCAUGAGCUGGAUGAAGGUCCUGAGGAAGACUACUGCUGGUCCCUCAGCGCAACACUGAACUAUAGCUGCCAAUAAUCAGUAUUGGGAUUUAAAUAUUGAUCAUCAGCAGAGGAGCCGCUUUUCAGAAUGUGAAGAGUUUGAUCGAUCGACCAGCAGCCAAUCAGACUCAACCUGAGAGAUGGACCGACCAAUCAGCUGAGCUUCGCUCUGAUUGGACGUCGUUCACCAAUCGGUGUGAAGUCUGGACUUUAGCAAUAAUCAGAAACUCAGUGGGUUUCCUCAUCAGCACACUGGAUGGUUUAACUGCUGCUUCCACUGGGAGGCGCCGCUGUUUACCUUAGUACUAUUAUUAUUGUUAUUAUUAUUAUUAUUAUUAUUAUUAUUAUUACUAUUAUUAUUGUUUUAGCUCUGCUGUUUAUUGACGGGACGGCAGCAGCACCAGAAUAAAUUUGUCAGAAUAUGAACACCUCAGAAGAAAAGGAACUAGUUCACUGAUCUGAUGUAGUUCAUUUCUUAUAGUUCAGAAGUAGAACUGAAGUUUUAAAUUAAUUUUUACAUUUCAAAUUCUUAAACUUAAAGUAAGUUUCUUUUUGGGAAUAUUUCUUGUUUUUCUUCCUCACUAAAUGUAAUUAUUUAAAGAUUUUAUUUUUAUUUUUGGUUUUAUUUUCAAUA